UCUAAAUUCUUUACGUAUCUAAUCGUGCUGUAAGAAUUUAUUUAUUGAUUUAUUAAGAUUUAGACAUUAGCACUGUUCAUUUUUCUCUCUCAAUCGGUCUACAGGUCAGAAUAAUUUACAAUUGCUGAUCAAUGACACCUCGCUUCACUGCCUUCAAAUCCUAGUUUGGUCCACACCUGCAGAUAUGGACAUUGGCUACGAGUAGUACCGUCGACGUUCUCUCUGGCACCCAUCCUGUCGCUCGCUCUUUUUCUCUCGCGAAGGGUGGACACACACUCGGGUCUCGUCGAUCCCCACGAAUUCCAGGGAUCAAUGCGUUGGUGCACCAAAACGCCUGCGCUACCCCUCCUUCGCAUCUCUCCAUCCCUUCCUAUCGUCCCCUCCACGCCCGUUUCACGCAGCAGCAGCAGCAGCAGCAGCAGCAGCGACGGCGGCGGCGGUGACGGCAACAGCAGCGGCAACAGCAAUACUAUCACAAGCACGAUAUCGCGGUCAACACGAGCUACAAGACUGCACCCUACUUUUCAUGCCGAUGGCACAGCGUUAGCUUGUGUAGCCUCGGUGGUAGUCUCGGUAUGUCGGUGUAACUGGUUGUGAGUCGGGAGUUUAUUCUCUUCAAGUAUAGGCAGAGCUCGGUACCUUGCGCUUUGCCAUCUACUCACACCCGGUACGCUGUCCGCCUCUUCCACCACCAACGCAAUCCCCCGGUGCUCCCACCCCGACGAUAACGCUCCCUCUCGCUGUCUCUCCCUCCCGCGUGCGCGUCGUCCGACCCUCGGAAAUUCUGAAAGCGGUUCGCGCCUGUGCAACGCGGGGGUGGCGAGGGACCGAAAAUCGAGGUGAAAGGAAACUCCGCGGAUCCGGCCUAAGGGUCUCUCCUAGGGCUGAUGUGUGUCGGCCGUGCCCCCUCGCGCGUACGUCCUACGAGCGCGAAAAAUUCAUACACACGCGCGCGCGUACGCACAUACAUGUACUAACCCGUAUACACACGCGCGUGCAUUUCAGUUCGUCGUGGAUACGCGUGUAUAAUAUACGUGUGUCGUGAAUCCGUUGACAUAUUGUCAAUAUUUUCAUUACCUUGAGCAAUCAUUUUCUCUCGUUGCGAGAAGAUCCCUUUUAGCGCCACUCCGGGAAGGAAGGGUGUUCGUGACGCGUGAAUCGGUAAUCGGGACCGCGUUCCUUCAUCGGGCUACGUGACGCUGUGGUGACGUUCGAUCGCGCGGUCAGUUCUCCAAGUGACACACUUUCAUCCGCGAGAGAAGAGAAACUCACGUCAGCGGGUGGUCGCAGCCAAGAGAACUGUGUAGGAUAGUGUGAUUAUCCUCAAGUGCACGCGACAACCUGCCAACGCGGAUAGGAGUUUGGCAAGUGUGACAUGCCAGUGCAUUAUCGUCGAGCUCAGUGACCAUCCCAAGUUUUCCCUUGGUGACUCGUGACCAACACUCGUGAUAACACAUUCCUUCGUAUGUCGCCUUAGCCAGUGGAUCGCCAAGUGCGGAGUGAACUGGCUUUCAAGUGAUCUCACUGCGCUGUGGUGCACGAUCGGGAAUCCGGAGGCCGGAGGAUCGAGCCGCUCCCGGUGCAAAAGGGAUCAUGUGUCCCCGAUUGCAACCCUCCUUCGAGGGUUGAGUCGCCGAUUCGGCAUCGCCCGAUCGGCUAAGACGGGUACGCGAGUGUUGUGUUACAAGACAGGCUCGUCAGCGAUCGUCGACCAUCCGAGGGCAGCCUUGCCGUGACGCGAGGUGAUCUCGCGGAGGGCUAACCGUGUACCACAUUCUCGCGCUGCAAGAGGACUUAGAACCUCGCGAGGAUGCGGGACCGGCUCUCGUGGUACAUGGUCUUCUUGAUUCUGCCGACAAUCCUUUUGGCCAGGUCGCUCGAUAAAGAUCGACGUGUGCCCUACAACAUCCCGUCGGAUUGGAAGGCCCUUUGGUUCAGCAAUCUCGACGAACUGCAGAGAGUGAACGAGGCGAACGACAACAACACCGUUUCUAAUAUCACGGUACAACUGGGCGGCACUGCCUUCCUGCACUGCAAAGUUCGCAAUUUGGCAGAGAGGACCGUUUCCGAUGCCGAGAUAUCGUGGAUCCGGCGACGUGACUUUCACGUUUUAACAAGCUCGAUGUUCACAUACACGAACGACGAGCGAUUUCAAGUACUGCAUCCCGAGGGCUCGGACGAUUGGACCCUUCAAAUAAAAUACGUCCAAGAAAGAGACAAUGGGACGUACGAGUGUCAGGUCUCGAGAAGUGCAGGGAUACUGUCACACUUUGUCAAUCUAAAUAUAGUGAUACCAGAGGCGUUUAUAUUAGGAAGCGACGAGCAUCACGUCGACGUAGGGUCUAUCAUAAAUCUCGUGUGCAUAAUAGAGAAGAGCCCGACGCCGCCGCAAUACGUGUUCUGGUAUCACAAUAACCGGAUGAUAAACUACGACACCACGCGCGGCAGCGUGACCGUACAAACCGAUCCAGGACCAACUCAAAGCCGACUGACGAUUCGCCAGGCAGUGGAGACGGACACGGGCAAUUACACGUGCAGCGCCUCCAACACCAAGCCGGCAUCGAUCUUCGUCUUCGUCACCGAAGGUGACAAGAUGGCAGCGAUACAGCGUCGCAAAACGUCGGCAGCGAAGAGGAAUCUGGCGGGCGUGCUGGUACCAGUGGUACUCGUCGUAGCGGGCGUCGUUUUAGCGCGAUAAGCGUUUUACUUCGAAAAUGUCCAUAACUAUUACGUCAUUACUUCCGUUUGUGAUAGAUAGGAUAUUACCCUUCCCCUUCCUCUUUUCCCCUCCGGGACUUUAUGGUCCGCUCAUCCUCCCUUCCUUCUUUUUCAUCUUUUCCAGCAACCCCCCAGGCUCAUAUCCUUUCCUCAUCCAUUCCUCGCGGGUCUCCUUUCCUCCUCAAACCACACUCCCGUCUUCCAUUCCAUCUUCCAACCACCCUCCCUUCCCUCAUCCUCACUCGUCCCUCUUAUUCUUUAUUUACUUUAGUCGAAGUUGCCGCCGGCUGGACUACUUAGAUAUGCGAGAUUUUCGUGGAAGAUUGCGCGAUUGCCUGCUCCAAGUCAUUACACGCGACGCGCAUGCGACUCGAAUUAUGUAAAUAUUGCCCGGGUCGAAUACGCCACGACGAGGCGGAUUACGUUAGGCAAGGCCUGUCCAACUUUCCGGGGCACCGAUCUGCUGAUCGUCCGUUUUCGACAGACCAGAUUUCAGGCCGGUCGGAUGGAAAAUUCACGCGGUCAGUGCAAACGAAUCGAUCGUGUCGCUAACAAGGUGAGACUAUAUAUAUCUCGGAAAUCGAAAUAAUUGAUUAGGUGGGUUCCAAAAGCACAGACCUGUAGAUGUGUGAUACAAUGCAUGUGUGAUACAAGUCUAUGCGUCGCUCAUAUCUGUUACAAACACUGCCUUUCCUUUAAGAACAUUUUUUACAUUAUUUAUAUUUACAAAUGUUAUCAUCCUUACAAUUUUAAUUCUUGUACUUGUGUGUUGUGGUUCCGAAAUUAUCGAUUUAAAAAAAAAAUGACCAAGUAGCGUAUAUAAACCGAGAUUUGAUAGUUUUUUGGGAAUGUGUCGCUCAAGUGAUUUUAAACAGAAAUCACCAUUUGAUACAAAUCAGAAUUAGAACAGUUGCAAUAAUAAAAUCUAGAUAUUCGAAGAUUAUUUGGUAUCAAGAAAAUAUGUGACUGGAUUCUUCUUUUAUUGCAAAAAAAUAACAUUCGGCUCAAGGACAAAUAACAUUGGGGCUCUCUUCGAAUAAAUUACAAAUAUAAUAACGACUUUAUAAGAUUCACGAUUUUACAGUAAUAUAAACGACGCAAUUUUUUAAUUAUAAGAUAAUACGAUAAGCAUGAAAUUGACUGGUUUGUACAUUAUUGUAAAUUAAAUAGAUAGACUGUAGAAACUAUAUUCGAUAUAUUUUACAAUUUUACAUUAAAAAAAAUAUAUUUAAUAAUAGUAGGGAUUAAUGCGACAGCAUUGCGACUAAUUGACCGUUGUCACAAAUUAGUUCGAAAUCAUAAGUUAAAAAUCAAAUUAGUUUUGCAUCGACUAUUUACAGCGUGUCGAGUUGUAAUAGAAAAAGCAUCUCUUUGCAAGAUGUUCACUCAUCUUGUUAAGACCGUAAUAACUUCGUAAGUAUUUCAAAUCAAUCCGAAUAUACCGCACAAUACGACCUCUUUCCAUUUAAAUCCGCUUGAAUAACACGUUCCCGCGAAGUCUCGAAAAUUUCUCUUGGGAUACACAAACAUGAAAAAUAAAAAGGACGAAUACAUCUAGAAAAUACCAGUCAAAACGGGAAAAUUCACGUUGACGCUCGCGAACGCGAUUGCGAAGCGUGCGUUUCUGCUCACGCCACAAUCUUACGUUUUUCGUUUCGUAUAAAAAUUGUUAUGAAAAACUGUUCCUUUUUACAAGCGAGAGCGCUCUUUGCGACGUCGCGUCGUGACGGCGUUGCGAGAUGGAGAUCGCACCGUCGGCGUCGCGUCGCACGAAAACGCGUUUAUGGCACGACACGGUG